UUGGCUCAGUGGGCUGGAGGUCCUUUGCUCAUUGAGGCAGUGUGGAAUAAAUGUGAAGACUCAAGGACUCUAGCUUGCCUUUCUUUGCUUGUGCCUAGGUGGCAGACAAAGCCUAUGAAGGCUAUACGAGCCUUGUGUGGCCAUGGGCAGGUCACCAGAAGUAUGUUGAAGCUGCGAUCGGCGAAUAGGUGUCAUGUGUAUGCGUUGUAUGGCAGGUCAUGGGGAAGACAAAGCUUCAGUUCCCAGGUGGCCGCACUCCGAGAGCUGACGGGUGGAGAGGUCAUUUUCAACAUGCUCAUUGAGCAUGGUGUCGAUACUGUUUUUGGAUACAGUGGUGGUGCAGUAUUGCCGCUCAUCGAUGCCUUCCACGGCAAGAACAUCAAGUGGAUAACAUCCGCGCAUGAGCAGUGCAGUGGUCAUUCGGCAGCUGCAUAUGCGAAGUCCACGGGAAAGUUUGGCGUUGCCAUUGUCACCAGCGGUCCUGGCUUGACCAACAUGGUGACUCCAAUGCAGGAUGCUUUGACUGAUGGCGUGCCGAUGGUGGUCUUCUCUGGGCAAGUUCCCACUGGUGCCAUGGGAACUGAUGCCUUCCAGGAAUGUCCUGCGACCGAAAUCACUCGUUCAUGCACAAAGUGGAACUAUGUCUGCUUAGACUUCAACCAGCUUCCCUGGGCUGUGAAUGAGGCAUUCAGAAUUGCAAAAUCUGGUCGUCCUGGCCCUUGCCACAUUGAUUUGCCCAAGGACAUUGUCUCUAUGUCUGCAAAAGUGCCAGAAGCCAUCUUCAAGAAGGCAUCUGUGUCAUCAGCAGAUGCUCCGCCAAUGCUGGACAUGACGGCUGUCCAGAAGGCUGCAGAUCUCAUUAACAAGUCAAAGCGACCAAUUCUUUACGUUGGACAAGGAGCAAGCCACUGUCCUGAGAUUGUGAGUCAGAUUGCUCACAAAGCCAACAUUCCCGUCACCACCACUUGCCAUGGUAUGGGUAUUUUCGAUGAGCAAGACCCGCUUUCCAUGCACAUGCUCGGAAUGCAUGGGGCUGCAUAUGCCAACUUUGCCAUCCAGAAUGCCGACUGUAUCAUUGCAGUAGGCAGCCGCUUUGAUGAUCGAACGACUGGAAUUGUUGCGAAAUAUGCGCCGAAGGCACGGGCUGCGGAGAAGGAUGGCUCUGGCGGGAUCAUACACAUCAACAUCGACAAGUCUACCUUUGGCAAAGUACUGCAACCCACAGUUGCUCUUUGGGCGGACACCGAGCAUGCGCUGGAGGCGCUUGAGCCUCUCGUGUCCACGAAUACUCGCGAAGAAUGGUUGAAGCAAUGCCAGGCCUGGAAGAAGGAACACAAGUUCAACUAUGUCAAAGCUCCUGGUGGCAGACUGAAGACGCAGCAGGUGAUUGAGGCAGUGAACACCCACUUGGAGCAGAAACCACCGACGAAAGAAGUUUUUGUAGCUACUGGAGUCGGCAAUCAUCAGAUGAUGUCAUGCCAGUUUAUACGGUGGAAAAAGCCUCGUACUUUCAUUACAAGUGGGAGCUUGGGCGUCAUGGGAGCGGGCCUACCCUUCGCCAUUGGAACCCAGGUGGCCAAUCCAGAUGCUCUCACGAUUCUAAUUGAUGGGGAUGGUUCCUUCGGCAUGACCAACAUGGACUUGCAGACCGUCAAAAGGUAUAAGCUCCCCAUCAAGAUUGCAAUCAUGAACGAUGAUAGGCAGCAAAUGGUUUGGAUUUGGCAGCGCCUUUUCUUUGAGGGUCGCUACAUCAGCGUAACGAAUGACAAUCCUGAUUUCGUAGCCCUUGCGCAGGCCUAUGGAAUCAAAGCAGUUCACUGUGACAAUGAGGCAGACCUGCCCAAGGUUAUCGAGGAAUGGCUAACAUCUGAUGGGCCAAUGCUCGUCGAUUUCAAAGUGGUGCCAGAUAUUUGCUUGCCAAUGGUGGCGCCUGGCAAGGCUCUUGAUGAGAUGAUUCUUUUACAAGACAGAGACGCCGUGUUGGGCACCGAAGAGGAGUUGGGAAGCAUGAAAUUUGAAGGUCUUGCACCCUCUUAAAAGGCAAGGCUCACAGUAGAGCCGAACAGCUUUCCCUGGAAAGCUGUAGAGGCAACUCUUGUGGGAAGGGAAGACAAGGAGGACAAAUCAUUGUAUUUCGACGAAGGACCAUUUCGCCUCCUGGAUGUUUCCCUUCCAUCUUGCUC